AUGAUCAGGCUCCAGGGCCAAAGCGAAGUGCAUGGCAACUACCAGCGUCAUGUGAUUUCUGCCGGCUUAAGAAGAUCCGGUGUGACAAAAAACGUCCUUGUUCCAGUUGCAAAGACAGAGAUACCAGAUAUUCAAGAAAUAAAGGAUCGUUUGAAGAGGAUAGAGCAACUGUUGCUCGAAAGUUCAGGUCCACCAAAAAACUUAAAUCCGAGGGACAUAGAUUCUUUGGCAGUUACCCUCCCGCCACAAUUCAACACGACAUACUUGGAAACCGAUCACCAGAAAUGGGACGACCUGGAGUCAAUUGCAGCGUCCUCCCAGCCUGAAGAGAUGUGGGAUUCUCAGUCCGGAAACGAAAGUUUACUGAGCACAGCAGGCACCACUAUAGCUGGUCCUGCAGAACUUUCGCGGGCGUCUUGGCUGAGUCCAGGUUUGGGAGCAGAUACACAGCUCCCCCAGCUCAGCACAGCUAAAUGCCUACUUGAACACUACAUCCAAGAAAUAGACUGUCUGAGUCAUGUAGUUCAUGCUCCGUCAACACGGGAUCUCCUCGAAAAGGUUUAUUCCCAACGGUCACAAUCGAUCAGUCUUUUAAAUGAAAGUGUUACAUUUUUUCUAUCAAUAUUUGCUUCCGCCUCAUUUUACUUGGGGUCCGGGCAUAAUCUUUUAGCCCACGGAUUAGGCCUGGACACAGAGACAUCCACCUGUUGGAAGGAGACCGCUCUUCAAAACAUCCUGCAAACCGAUGAGAUUUUCUCGUCUUCCUUGAUAUCCCUGCAAUCGGUUCUCAUUAUUAUGUCUCUUCUUUGGGAUUCAGAAGGCCAAUCAAAAAGAUAUCAUACUUUGAAAGGUCUCGCAUAUGCGAAGGCGACCCAGAUGGGGAUACACAAUAUUGAUGCAGAACGGCCAAACGUGGAACCAAACCCGCUGGAAAGAGAGAUGAAGCGCCGUUUAUGGUGGCAUCUUACUUGUGCCGAUUGGUUACUUGGAAGUGCUCCAGGUCCACAGCACGGCAGCUACAUUAUCAGUCCUUAUCAUAUGACGGUCAACCACCCGGCUAAUAUAGAAGACGAAGGUGUGGCACUAGAGGGGAAUCCAGCAGCCCCGAGGCCCGAUCACCACUUGACUUCGAUGUCAUUCUUUCGUUAUCGCAUCAAAUUCGCCCAUCUCUGUCGCGAAGCCAUGGACACGAUCCAGCAGGCGAAGACUACGCGCCCUCUACAACCCAUAUAUCCCCUCAUACUAGAUAUCAGCAACAGAUACAUGUCUUUCCUGGAUGAGCUCCCGUGGUUUUUCCAACUAGAAGGGAACGAGGCGAAACUUGCAGAAUUAGUCCAGGAGCGGCCGUACGUCACGCAGCAGCGCGCUGUACUUCUGUAUGGCAUUUAUUCCCGCCUUGGCCGCCUACAUCGGCCGUUUGUCUCUCAGGGAAUCUCCGAUCCGAUGUUUGCAGCUUCGUAUAAAACCGGUAUAGAGUGUGCGGAAAAACUCUUGAGGAUACGUCAGGUGAUGCCCCACGGCCGACUUGGUAUAUUUGGUCGCUCGCAAAGUGUGGAUCAACACACAUUCAACGCCAUGCUCGUCCUGACAAUAGACGUCGUGGCGCAUCCAGGGCUUCCUGAUUCAGAGCGCCGGAGAUGCGAGGUCACUGAGAUUUGUCACCUUCUGAAAGAUAAACACACACGGCCGGGUCAGCCUAGCAGUGGAAUCAGUCGAGCGACCCAGCUCCUAUUGAAGAUUGUCCAGGCUCCCCACAGACAACACGCCAAAGAAGGGAUUAAGGACACCGCUCAGAUCUUUUCAGAAACUGCGCAAACUAAAGAUGAUCAGGUGCCCCUGAAUUCAUACGCAUCGCUGGCUCCAGAUGAAUUAACGAGAGAAGACGCGUCCUCUCAGAUGGCCUGGAGCGAUGAAUGCUUUAGCUAUCAUGGUCAGAGUAUCAAUGCCCUUUUUGGUGAGCUGCGGGAGUCUCUCUGGCCAAAGUAA